AUGACAAAUCAAUCUAGAGCUUCAGCUAUGUUAAUUUUCGUAGAUAACAGCAGAACGCUGAUCCACAAACUCCAUGAACUAUUUAAGCACAUGAAUGAGAGUGAAGCUCUAAUCAUUUAUAUUUGCAAUGAAAUAAAUUUUCCUUAAUUAUCCGAUUAAAUAAUUAUGGUUUCAUACUUGAAUGAGUUUUCUACAUAUUGCAGAACUGUAGGACUCUUAGGACUCUAAGAAUCAUUUAAAUAGUAGUAAAGUACAUUGGAAGAAACAUUGCUCAUGCAUUUGAUAACUCUAAAGAGGGAAUAAUUGAUUGAAUUAUCUACUCGUAUUGUAAGGAUAUGGAACAUCAAUAAUAGAGAUCAAAAAUAAGGAUCUUCAUAGGAAAACCAAUAAAGAAAAAUGUCAGUUAGUGAUAUGUAUACAAAGUCUAGUUCUUAAUUAAAUCAUCUAUAUGAAUAACAUAUAUUAAAUGAGGAGAAUCAAAUAGUCAAACGAGAUUAAUAAAUUAAUCAUCUUAUGAAGGAAUGCACAUUUAAACCAUAAAUAUCAAAAAAGAGCUAAAAAUUAGAAUUAAAUUCACCAGCUCAUAUUAGAUUGAAUAAUUAUGCAAUGGACUCUAAAAUAAAAUUAUAAAUAGUUUAAGAACUUAAUUAGAAAUAAGAAUUAAAAGAUUGUACUUUCAAACCUUCAAUUAAUAUUAAAUCAAUUGGUAAUAAUUAAUCAGUUGAAAAUCCAUUUGAUAGACUAUAUUAAAAUGCAUUAACUUAAAGAAAUAAAACACCUAGAAACAAUGAAGAUUCAUAAUUUACUUAUCGUCCUUAAUUAAUUAGCUCUCCUAUAAAAUUAUAAUAAUUUGAAGGUAUUUCAGUAGAAGAAAGACUAUAUAAUCAUCAUUUUGAGAAAAUGAAUAAUGUGGCUAUGAAAUAAGAGGAACUUUAAUAAAUUGAAUUAGAAUAAUGUACAUUUACUCCUGUUAUUAAUUAAUAUGGUAAUAGUAGAUAAAAUGAAAAAGUCUAUGAAAGAUUAUAUAAUCAUAGUAGUGUAAAAUCAGUAUCAGAUGUAAAAGAUCAUUCAAUAUCACAUAUUAAUAAGAAAUCAGAAUCUUUAAUUAAAAAGCCAUAAUCAGAAAAUAAUUCAUAUGUGACUUAAUUUUACAUAGAAUCCAAUCCAUUUGAUCGAUUAUAUUAAGAACAUUAAAGAUAAGAGAAAAAGAAGAAAUCCAAUUAAAUAUAAUAUUACUAAUCUAUACCUUUUAAACCAAUACUAAAUAAAAAAUUAUCAUUAUAAUGA